UGUAUUGAAUGCGUCCAUAGUAUUUUUUUUCGUUGCUCUUUCUUAUUUACCUCUCCCUCUUCUUCGCUUUUUCUAUUGCUCCCCUAAGCACACAUCUGAUAAUCGGUAAGUCUUGUCUUUGACUACAUGGCAGGGAAUGCAUCCUAGGCCCUUUUUACCCCUUUUUUUCUUUUUUUCUUUUUUCUUUCCUCUCUCUCUUUUCUUGCCUUUAGUUUUGUUUGACGUAUUGCUGUUAUUAUCCUUUAAUACUAGACGACCAAUCUACCGCCUUUCUAACAGGACUAUGCCGCACAUUACGUUGCUCAUAAGUGUUAUUGCGUCCAGAGUACCGCGUCAACAAGAGAAGAUAGAAUUAAGGAGGAUUAGGGCAGAAGGAGAUUCGAGGACGGAAAAAAAGAGUAGAGCUGAGCGAGUGGAAGCAAUAAUUGGCAAGAUCAAAGACGUGUUGCGGAGAAGAAAGGGAUAUGGUUUUGCUGACGGCCGGACGCAUGUAAAGACAAUACUGAUUGGUAUAUUGCUAACGAAAAAGUCAACCCGGGGGCCAACGACCAUGAAUUGCCCAUCUGUUGCCAUACCCUUUCUUCCAUUAGCCUUCUCUGGAAGCAGAAGCCUUGAGCAAGACGAAUUCCAGCAGACUGGCAACAAAGAGGGGUGCGUCGACGGAUAGGUAAGUCACGGUUGUAGAAAGGUUAGGGAAUCAAGUACAACCGUUGAACACCGCACGUUUCUCGCUAUCAUCAGGGAGUCGGCAAAGUCCAUCCAUCCAUCCAUUCAUGAAUGACUGAAUGCACCGCCUUUACCACUCCUCCACUGGUCAACAAUAAACUCCUCAGCAGUGAGGGAGAGGGCCUGAAGAGAUCGAUUAACCGCUGCACACCAUA